AUGGGCGGGACAAAAAAGGCUUAUAUUAGGUGUUAUCCUUGCUCUCGGCUAUCCUGAUGAAGCAAUGUGCAGAAGUAGGUUAGAGUGUAGCAAAGCACCACACACCUCUCCGGACCUACAAGGUACAGAGGACUUUUACUGGAGAUACUCUGCACCCCCCAAGAGUAGUCCUUGCAGCCAUUCACUUUCUCCUAAGGAUUAUAACUGCUCCUAUUGCUAUUCUGGACAUGUGUGCCUCGGCAGGAUCUUCAGAAUCUCGCUGUUAUUAAUGGUGCUAAGGCACUUCUGUGGAUACCUUUCACAGCAUUUUUUGUUUCUGCUACUAGCGCGACGGAUCCUUCGGUGUGCAAAUCUAACUUCAUCUUAAAAGUGUUGACUGAGUUUAAAAGAACCCCACUCUGAAGUGCAUUUGGCCCAGAGGUGGACGCUAUGGAAGACCACAUAGGCUGGGCUACUCUGUAGGAUGGUAGCAGACAGUAACGUGGCAGGCAGUGCAGUUCCAGAUGCCAGAAGUGACUCACAAGUACAGCAGCGUUCCCAACAGAGACCACUCAGGCAGUGUCGUCUGGCUCCGGCCUCCACAAGGAAUACCCAUUUCAAACCAUUCCGAUCCAGACUGGAUUACAGCAUCAUUACCAGUACCUGCAUUAUGCUGGAGCAGUGUGGCUUCUACUGGGGUCCUAUGACUGCUGAUGUGGCCUGUGCAAAGCUCGAAGCUGAACCUUUAGGUACAUUUCUCAUCCGGGACAGUCAACACAAGAACUUCUUUUUUACGGUCAGUGUUCAGACUGCUGAUGGGCCAAUAAGCAUCAGAAUUGAGUAUCUGCAAGAACAUUUCAAACUACAUGGAAGCAAAGAAUCGUUUGACUCCAUCUUCAAGCUUAUUGAACAUUAUAUGGCAAGUCCCAAGAAGUUGUUAAUCAAGCCUUUACGCUCGACUCGACUGCAACCUUUGCAGGAACUGUGUCGGAAAAGGAUUGUGGAGACCUUUGGAAGAGAGAACCUGGGUAAUAUACCACUAAAUCCUGUCCUGAAAGACUAUCUGAACUGUUUCCCAUAUCGGAUUUAAUGCAGCAUUACAUAUUUAACAAAAUGACAUGUGAGAAAGCUGGCUCUCUCUGGUACUUCAGGCUACAUGAAAGUGAUCAAGUUUAUUUUUGUAGCAAAGUAUUGUACUCUGGGAUAAAACUUGAAUUAUUUUUAAUUAAUGUUUACAGAAUACAUUUGCACAGUACAGGGCAUUACAGCCUAUGGUUAUAUUUUUCUGCUAUGCAGAAUGUAAUAUUUUAUAUUUUUAAAAAUAUUAAACUUUAUUUUGAAAGUUUUGA